UCCGGUUCCACCUGCGGUUCGUUCGUACGGUCAAAUGUAAGAAGUGAAACCUUGUGAAAAUGGAAGGGGAUGAAGUUCCUCCAAACAUCUUGGCUGGGAGUAAAGCAGGAUAUAUUUUGAGUAAUGUUGCCGAAGUCGUGGAGAGGAUUUUAACAUUUGUUCCGACUAAAACUCUCUUUAAAAUAGCAAGUGUUUGCAGACUAUGGAGGAACUGUGCAAGGCGAGUCUUGAGGACACAGCAGAAACUGACCUGGCUCUCAGCCUCCGGCUCAUCCAUAUAUGAGGAGCAUGUUUUACUUAGAACAAUGGCAGAAGACUUAGAGAAUAUCUAUCUACUGCCCCAGACAGCUCUCUUAAUGGUAGAUGGGGAAAACUUCAAUAGGAGUGUUGGUUACAGACACAAAAAGGCCAGGAAGUGUGGGAGUGAAAUGGUGUCAGAUCCUGGUGAAAAGCUAAAACGCUUGUUGCCUAGCAGUUGUGACAUAGUAGGCCUCCUUGCACCAGGAAUUGUGGUGACCCCUAGUGGUUCACCUAGCAGCCCACCGCAGGAGCAUGAGGAAGGGGAAGCUGGUUUCAGUCUGCUUUUCCCUGCAAUAGAUGGUGUUAGCAUUCGCCCUUUUCACUUCUGCAAAAAGUGCCUUAGUGAAAUGGCAAUGCAGGAAGCAGGGCUGACAAAUAACCCCGAUCUAAAAGUGGUGCUGAUGUUUGACUAUGAAACCUAUAAACCUGGAGGUGGGCGCUUUCUCAACACGCUACUGGAACCCCUUUCCCAAAGUAAUGUACUUAUUGUGGGAGGACAAGUGGAAAAAGUGUUUUCCAGUGAUGCAACCUGCUGUUCUCCAGGUUCUUACGGAGCAGUGGGACUGACCUUCAGUGGCUCUAAGAUUCAGGGUGCCUCAGUACUGGUGGAGCAGUAUGUAAGCAGCCCCAAAGCAGCCGAAGCAACUAUCCAGCGCCUGAAGGCUGCCAAUAUCCCAGAGAGAAACACCAUUGGCUUAAUGUUCGCCUGUGUGGGCCGUGGCCGCAACAGCUAUAAAAACCAGUGUAAUGUGGAGGCUGACGCUUUCCGCAAGGUCUUUUCCAACAUUCCACUCUUAGGAUUCUUUGGAAACGGAGAGAUCGGCUGCGACCGUAUCGUCAAAGAGAACUACACGUUGAGUGAGACUGAAGUUGAUGGACUGCAGCACUCUUUUACAACAGUCAUGAGUCUGGUGCAUUUUGGCUGACGCGAACGGACCGUGAUGCAAUGCAGAUGAUGGUUUCCUCUGAGUACAGAAGGUCUGAUGUCAAUCGGGUCCAAUUCUUCUAGGUUUUUUACCUUGACGGUUUCUUACGAGAUGUCCCAGGGACAUUUCGCUGUUUAUUUACAUGACAUACACAAGAUGUAUAAUUAGAGAUGCCAUUUAUGUAAAAUUUAGUAAUGUCAUUGCAGUUUCGGCAUGAAGAAACAAUUGAGCUUCGGAACUAAAAAGUCUUAUUUUUAUAGAACGCUCGUUUUCGCUAAACUCUGACAUUUGACUUCUAGUUUCUAUGUACUCAUCACUGUACAUCAGAAUUGAAAUAUGUUGAAACAUGUCGGGAGAAUUUUUGUUUGGUCUGUAUGGCUCACUUAUGCCUUUAAAUAGAAAUUCUGGCACUUUUAGGAUGAAAAGUUAAAUGUGAUGGAGUGGCUAAUGAAGCAGUCAUUCAUAGACCUGUAUACUGAGGUUGGGACUUCCUGGAAUUCUUUCACUUCUGGUCCUUUACUGCUAGAUAGAUUUGAUCUGAAUUAAUACUCAUUCCAAAUUGGUUUCAGGUUCAUUUCUUGUAUAUAUACAUGCAUAAGCAAGUCAUCGUCCUGUAAAAUGUUGUCCGAGUUAUACAGACUGUUCAAAAAGCUGUUAACCAUUUGAAAUCAACUGAGCGUUUCAGAGACCGAAUGAAGAAAGUUCAGUCUAAUAUCUUCAUGUAGUAACUGUGUAAAUGGCGUGAUAAAGCGCAGAAAACAGAAACUUUUUUUAAAUGUAUCUUCUGCACCCAGAACAAAAUACCCUCAUACAUGUUAAAACCCCUCCAAUUAUCAAUGGAUAAUUUUCCAUUGAUUAUUAAAAUGGGAAUAUUUUUAUUGCUAUAAUAACAACAAGGUAAUAUUUCUUUAUUUGUGUGUUCAUCAGUUGAACCAUGGUUAGGAGAUAACCACUUCAUUAAAGCAUUAAGCCUCUGUGCACUUACUUAACUUCAUUGCAGAUUAGUAAAAUCUCUAAAGGCCACCUGCCUGAGAUGUUGAACAUGUUCAAGGUCAGUUUAGUUAGACCAGUUUCAUUGGCAAUUUUUUUUAUUUUUACUGUGUUGAUCAGAUACCUAGUUUUUUAUUGUUCACUGUGUUUUGAGAGAGCUUUACUUCGGUCAUAUGGUUUGUUAUCUGUAUACUGUCAUAUAUCUCAUUUUUACAUCUGCUGCACAUUUUUGAGUCAACCUGUUUUAUCUACUGUCUUCAAUUAUAUGAUCAACUGUACAAAAUAAAAUCAAUGACUGCAUCUGUCAA